CCUCCUAGUAUCACGUGACACGUCAUCCCAUUCUUCUGUCCAGCAGAGGUUUGCGGGCAGGGCCCUGUAACACAUUCCUCCAGUGACUCUGCCCCACGGUGGCCCUGUAAGCUUGGGUCAGCUCCCAGCCAAAGGCAGCCCCUCCCUGGGCUGGGGCGUGAGGAGGGGACUAAUGGAGUGGGCGAGAAGACACCCUGAGAGCCCCUGUGGCCCCGAGGAAUUGUUCACAUCCCUCAUGGGCCUGUCCAGCCAGAACCACAAUCUCAGCUUCUUAGUAACCGUGUGGGGCACCUGUGUGCCAAGUGGAGAGUGUCUUGAGAUGGGGAACUCUGACCUGCUUGGUCCCCAGUAUCUGCUUUGCCUGCCCUCUUUUGCUCUCUGGCUGGAAGAAUGGAUCUGGGUCCGGCCACCUCUGUUGGGUGCAGGUAUGAAUGCGUGGAUGUGCGUGUGCGUGCUGCCAUUGGGGUGGUGUUGUUCGUGGAGAGGGGCUUCUAUGGUCUCAGGUCUUACACAUUUUGGACGUGCUGGGUGUCACAAGGCCACGCAGGAUUCUUAAUUGCAGGACUUUUCAGGGCCUUCCCUGCUGGUGUGCUCUGUGACCAUCCCAUAGCAGUUUUGCAUGCAACAUUUCCCAAAAUAAUUUGACUGUAGGACCCAUUUUCUUUUCAGUGGAGUACUUUGUGCCCCUGUUCACAAAGUAUGCCUUGGGAAAAGCGUCACCCAGCUAUGAGGGUGUCCCUCACACCCCUUGUUGGCCGGUUCUAAGGUACCUUUGAAACUGGCAGGAUCGGACGUGGCCUGACACGGAGCCUGAGCUCUCCUUGGGUCUGGUGGCUCCCCGUGGCCGGAUUCUGAGCAAGACCCCGGAAAGGAGAAAUCUUUUCAUCUGCAAGUAUCAGGCCAUCCCCAAAGCUGUGGGGGAAGUCUUGAUGCUCCGACCUGCCUGUCCAUGUCAGUGGCCACAGGAAUGGGUGGCGGGCGGCAGAGGUGGGGCCAGGCAGCCCACCCUCACCCUUCUCCUCCAAAACCCGGGAGGAGAGGCGAAGGGGACAGAGUGCCGGAAGAGAAAGGAAAGCAGAAGUUUCCAUUUGUGCCGGAUGGUUUUGUUUUUUUAUCUGUUUGCAAAUGUUCAGUGUAAUGGUUUGAAACCCAGCCGUGGAGCUGCCGCCGCCCACACACAGAGCUGCCGUGGCACCGAGCUUCUGCCGGCGCACCAGAGCCCCGGCGCCGGCCACUAAACCCGAGCCCGCACCGGGGCGGGCAGCACCCCCACCCCCCGGGGCCCCUCUGCCACCCCCAACACCCACCACCCUCCACACACACAAUUUUAAAAAAAUUUUCCAGCACUCGGUUUUCUCUAGAGAAGGCAUAAAAAGAAGCAAAGGCAGAGAUGGGACGAGCAGGGAGAAAGCUCCUGCCUCAUCGGAGCCACCGGUUGUCGGGAGAGCGCGGCAGCCCCACCUGCCUGUGGACUGGCCACUGAAAGGUUACCUGGCUUCUUGGGCCACCCAGAUGAUGUGGGAUGGAGGUGCCAGAACUCAUGUGCCCUGCCUCACCUGCCAGGGACCAGCCAGCUCCUGCUCAGGGAGCCCCAGGGGUCCCCGGACGUCAGGCCUCCCCUCACCUGACCCUGGGCCCCGUCAUUCUGCCGCGGGAGCAGGGCCUAGCCCCAGCCCUGUUCCUGAAGGCCCUGCCCAUCUCUCUGUGCCACACAGUGCCUCCUGGGGUCCUCCGGCCACACGCCCCCCUGGUGACUGGCAGCCUGGACAGGGGCGGUGUGCCCUUCAUCCUCAGCCCCCUGCUGCAGCCUGAAGGACCAGGCCCGACCCAGGUGGGGAAGCCAGCGGCCCCCACACUCACCGUGAACAUCGUGGGUGCUCUGCCCGUCCUGUCGCCGGGCCUGGGGCCCGCGCUGGGCAGCCCGGGCAAGGUGCGGAGCGCCGGCAAGCACCUGUGCCCGCACUGUGGCCGCGACUGCCUGAAGCCCAGCGUGCUGGAGAAGCACAUCCGCUCGCACACCGGCGAGAGGCCCUUCCCGUGCGCCACGUGCGGCAUCGCCUUCAAGACGCAGAGCAACCUGUACAAGCACAGGCGCACCCAGACCCACCGCAGCAACUCGCGGCUGUCCGCGGGGGGCGACGGCGCGGGCGGCCUCCCGGCGGAGGGCGACGCGGCCGCGGGGCUCGCCUCUCACGGGCCCCCCUCGCCGGGGAGCCCCGCCCCCAGCACGAGUCGGGCUCCCUCCGCCGGCGACCUGGGCCUGAGCGCCGAGGCCGGACCUCCGCCUGCCGACGGCGCGGCCCCUGCGGCCGCGGGCCCCGGGCUGCCCCUGGCCGGCGCGCAGCCCCCGCGCAGGCCGCUCGAGCAGAGGUCCCCGGGCGGCAGGCCCGGCCCCCCGCCGCAGCCCGCGACGCCCUCGGAGAAGCCGUGGGCCGCCCGCGCCGCGGAGGGCCGGCUGCGGCAGUGCGAGAGCACCGACUCGGGCUACCUGUCCCGCUCGGACAGCGCCGAGCCGCCGCCGGCGCCCGCCAGCCCCCUGCACGGCCCGUCCGAGCACGGCGCCGGGUCCGAGGGCGAGGCGGCGCCGGGGCCGCGCCUGGAGCUGGAGAAGCAGCGGCUGGAGGAGCGCAUCUCGCGGCUCAUCUCCCACAACCAGGCCGUGGUGAACGACCCGCAGCUGGACAACGUGCGGCCGCGCAAGACGGUCCUGUCCAAGCAGGGCAGCAUCGACCUGCCCAUGCCCUACACCUACAAGGACUCCUUCCACUUCGACCUCCGGGCGCUGGAGCCGGGCCGCAGGAGGCCUGCCGCCCUCUGCCCUGCCCGCUCCACCCUCCUGGACAGGGCGCGGCCCCGCUUCUGCCACUCCGUGCCCACGCAGCUCUCCUCCACCGUGGGGUGCAUCCCCGUCACCAGGAGCAACUCGCUGCCCGUCGUCGAGGGCACCAGGACGUGGCAGGGGCCGCCCGAGCCCUGGGACGCCUGGCCCAGGAGGCAGAAGCCGCCGAGCCCCAGGCCCAUGCCCACCCGGCUGUCGAACGUCCCCAGCGGCCACCCCCGGGCCCUGGUCAGACAAGCGGCAGUGGAAGAUCUGCCGUGUCUCCCCAGUGGAGAUACCCCGGCCCCUGCAGAGGACGCGGCUGGAGGGAGGCCUGCUGCCGGGGAGCGGGCGGCUGGCAAGGGCAGAGGGGCCGGGAAAAAAGGCAGCCAGAGGAAGCUGAAGAUGUUUUCCCAGGAGAAGUGGCAAAUGUACGGGAAUGAGACGUUCCAGAGAAUCUACCAGAAAAUGAACACCAGCCACCAUGGGGCCAAGAAGGUGAGGGAGGUGAGAGCAGGCAGUGGGACAGAGCUGGACCCUGCCCUCCAGGAAGAGGCAGCAGGGGGCAAGGCCGCAGUCCCCUCCCAGGAUGGGGGGAGCCCUGACUGUGGGGACAUCUCUGUAGGGGCCAAGCUGGGGCCUUGGGGAAGUUCACCAGCCCCCGAGCAGAGGGAGACGGUGGCCAGAGCAGGAGGCGGCAACCAGCCCAGGGCACACAGCGCCACCUCCCCUGCCACCCUCAGCUGCACAGAAUCCACCUGUUUGGACAGCCUGGAGCUGGAGGGACAGCUGCUCCCAGCACCUGAUUCCUUGAAAGGAAGUGACCUACGUGCCCCCAGGAUGGUUUCCACAGACCCCAAGCCGGAAAGCAGCACGUGCACAGGGGGCGGCGCAAAGGAGGCCUGUGAGCGAGCCCACACUGUCCCCAGGUGGCCCAGCAGUUGCUCUGGGGAGCCUCAGCCUGCAGAGGGCAAGCUCCCCUCUGAGAGGAAGAAGCUGAAGGUGCAGGAGCUGAGCUCCCAGGAGCAGUCGGAGCCUCCGGGGACGGUAGGAGAGACCCCAGAGGGCCCCACGCAAGCCACCUCCCUGCCAUCUCAGAACCAGGACAGUGAACCCAGGACUACGCCAGGGGGUCUGCACACGAGUGCCCACUGCACCGUGAGUGGAAGGGCUAGGCAGCCGGGCGAGCCCCCGGAGGCCACCUGUGCCUGCUCCGUUGCUUCUUCUGCAGCCCUGAGGCAGGUGGGGCUGAGGGACCAGGAGCCUCUGCCGUGUCCUGCAGCUGCAGCCCCCGGGUGCCCCUCCCAGCUGGCUGCCCAGCUUCAGGCUCCCGGCGUCCUCACUGCUGUGGCAGACACUACCUUCCCCCCCAAGUACCUCCUCAGGUCCCCUCAGGGAGUGACCCACUCAUCACCACCACCACCGUCUGUUGCCCAGGGGCCGGGACACAGCCAGGACGCUGUCUGCAGGACAGGGUGGCCUGAGGAUCAGGCUUCCUUCACGGCGUCUGGGCUGCAGACGUUCCUGCCUCCUGGCCCAGCCUCAGGCCUGGCCCCAGGUGACACAGAGGGCUGCAAGGAGGACCCCAGCUGGUCCAAGCAAGGAGUGGGGGAAGACUUGGACACUAGCACCUCAGCCCCCAGGAAGUCUCACGGCCUGGCCUCCGGGGCCCCCAGGGAAAUGGCCUCUUUCCCACCCACCUCAACACAUGCCUCCCAGAGGAGUGAGACCCACGGCACCCAGCACUGCGGCACGGGCAGCACUCUGGAGAGGAUCAGGCUUUCUGGGAGUGUCCUAAACCCCUGUGCACCUGACAGGAAGUUGGGGGUGCCUCCUGAGAAUGCCCCGGAAGGCCCUCCAUCAGGGCCCCUGACCAGGCUCAGUUCCUGCUGCUCCUGCCAGUACAGCUCCUUCCUUACAACCCUCACACCCUCCAGCUGGUCUGAGCCGACCACGUGUGUCCACUCACAGUCUCCCGGGAGCUGUGGGACCCAGGGCCCUUUCCCCUCACUGACGGCUGAGCCCCGGCUCACAUGGUGUUGCUUGAGCCGCAGCCUGCCUCUGCCCAGGGAGCAGGAGAAGGCUGCCUCUGUGCGCCUUGCACUGCACUUCCCCCGUGGCAGUCCCCCGGAUGAGGGUCUAGACGCCUGGCUGGUGAGCAGGACAGUGUCGGGUGGAUGCACCAGGACAAGCCCAGGAGAAGGGCAGGCGCAGACAUCCAAGCUCUCCUACCCAAUAGCUCCAAGGAUGGUGUCCUGGGACCAGGUGUCUGAGCCAGAAUGGAAGAAAGGAGUGCCUUGUAGGAAGGUGAAGAUGCCACGUGGCAGCAGCAAGCAGAGAAAGCUGAGCAUCAACUCCAAAAGGCACAAAGGGACUUUCUUGCCGAGCCGUGUUCAGCUGAGAGGCAGCAGACCGCGCAAGCCACUCUGGGUGCUGAGGAGAGACUGUCACCCUCCCCCUCUUGAAGGGGCAGGCCCACGCAGGACCAGGCUGGCUUCUUCAGAAACGGCAGGUCUACGUCUGCAAGGGGAGCCAUCCGGUGACCCCUCAAAAUCGUCUGUUUGUUGUGGGAACAGAGAGAAGGAAGAUGGUGGUCGACAAGCCUCACCAAGCUUCCCUCUGAGCACAAGUUCGAGGACUGUCAGUGCAGCAGCCAAAGACAUGGUGAAGGAUAUUUCUCCAUCUGCCAGUGAGCAUGGUGACUGUCGUCCUCAGAACUCUGCUGUCAGGCCAGGACUAUCUCUGCAGUCUGACUCCCGUGUGACGAUGGUCGAUGACGGACUUCUACCCCAGGGCGAAGGCCUUGACGUGGGGUCACUGGACACUCAGCUGCCACCGUCCCAGGAGCAAGUCUCACCAGAUCGCACACCGUGCAUUUUCCCGGAUGUUCGAGAGCCUCCUGCCUUUGAGUGCAAGGGAGCCUCUCUCCACCACGACGAUACUGUCUCUGCAGCUGCCCUUUGUGCUUCGGGGGAGAGAGCAGGUCACACAGCCCUGGGAAUUUGCAGGGCAGAGGCACAAGGCCAUGGCUGGGUUGCAGGGGGGACUCUGACACAGAGAUCCCGAGACAGAAAAGUUACAGCAGAGGGCAUGUUAGCAUCUGUCCUGCCAGGGAAAUCUUCACCUGGGCAAAGGGUUUCAGGUUCGGUUUCAUUGUUGUCAACUGGAAAAACUUAUCUCGAUAUAUCAGGUUCAGGACCAGGUUCAACUAGUUCACACCAGGAGGAAGACAGACAUAAGACAUUUUUUCUAUCUGGGGGGCAGUAUGGGUGUGGGGAGAUGGCUGUCCCCUGCCUUCCUUUAGGAAAUGAUAGUGAGAAGUGUCAUGGAUCUGGACUAAAUGCUCUAAAGGACUGUAUGGUUCCUUCUACAGGGCAGACCACAGAAUUUCCUGAGGCCCCUUCAAAAACCAUCAAGAAGAGGAGUUUGGAAGGGAUGAGAAAGCAGACGCGCGUGGAGCUCAGUGACUCCAGCAGCGAUGAUGAGGACCGGCUAGUGAUAGAAAUAUGAAGCUUCCAGAGAAAUAUGGCGCCUGCCAUUGGACUCUUGCUGCCUUGCAGCCAAUGACAGCAAGCUGACAGGAGAACUGAGCUCUAUUCUCAAAGCACCUAUGGGUUAGGAAAGCCAUUGUAGGGUUUUUCCAAGACGUCCCCAGGUCCUCCCCCAACCCAAGUUAGCCUCGCCAUUCCCGAGGUUCCCUGGGUCAUGUCCUCUGGUGUUCACCUGGCACCAGGUAGGGCAAAGGUGGCCAGGGAGCAAGUCCGGGAACUCGAUACAGGGUGACUGUGGCUUGACUCCCAGCGUCAUCCUCCGCCUGGUCCCCCGCUGCCUCAUCCAGUAAAAUAGCAUUCACCGAGAAAGCCACACGUUUGUGAACAAGAGAACCCCACAGUGUCAAGGUGACGACUUCUUCCAUUAGCAAGCUGAGUGCUUGCCUCAAAGGUGGUAAGAUUACUGGGGUGACUGGGGUGGCCUGCAAAGGAGAUGGGGUGUGAAUUGGGCACCAAGAUCCUUCUGUUCAUUCUGGAGACAAAAUCCAGAUUCAUUCAAAAACUGAAGCUUGGUUGUAAAUAUACUUCCAAAUGCCUAUGAUUUGGUGAAAUGUUGAUUAUCCUUAAACGUGACACAAAUGGUCAAUGCAUAUGUAUGACCCAAUGACACAAGCAUGUACUGAUCUUACCCCUGGUCACUUUUCUGUUGAGACCUCUGAAACCUUUGGCUUUUCCAGCUCUUGCAAAGGAACAUUGUGUUAAAAGUUAAUAGAACAGUCUCUGUAAUGAGUCAUUUUUUUUGAGGGGGAAAAAAUUCACUUAUUUUUCUCUGAUUCUUUCUGUCAUAUUGUGCUCUGAGCAAUUUCAAUGAGAGGGUUACAUUUUAGUAAUCUCUACAGUUUAAAUUGAUGCCUGCUCACCGUGACGGGAACCUUUCAGAUUUCCUCCAGAAGCUUCAAGGAUACAAAACUAAUUGGAGUUUUGACGCUGCUUUACAUCUCAGUAAUUUUAUUUUGGGGGCUUGGUAUUACUUUGCUGUCAAAUUAAAUCAGCCUCUGUCUUGUGCAAGGCAGAACAGCACAGAUAAGAUUCCCCAGUAUUCCAAGCCCGUGUGCUCCUGUGCAGAAGAAAAUAGCUGAUCUACAUCAGCCAACUCAGUGUGCAAAGGCUUGGAUUCACUGCGUUCUUCUCCUUCUCCUUAAAUACGAAAGGAAAAACCUAAAGAGAUUCACACUGCUGCGUUUCAAUGCAAUUUUAUACUUGUUUUUGGAAUGAUUUUGUACAGUUAGAAAUGUAUAGAGAGCUCUUUUGGCUAACGUUUGAUGUUAAUGAUGCUCAUAUGACAUCUUGUACUUCAAAGGCGAGGUGGCGAUGCAAAACAUCUCACACGUGUGGACACGCUUUCACAUGCCCUUGCCUGUGACUAGGGAUGGUCCAGUUUCAGGUAUCUUCACAUGAAUUUUCCCAUCUGAGGGUUGUUCAUAGAAAACUUCAAUAUGAGACCACUUCCCCUGGUGACUUAGCCUAUGCCUGUGGUCAUUUCAGAUGUGCUGGAAAAUAUCCAAGUGAUUUCAAGUCCAGCCAUGAAAAAACCCAAGAAGGGGGUCAAGGGACUGUAGGCAUACCCUUGGUAUACUUUAUUAUUAUCAUUAUGUUUUUUGUCAUGUACUUUUUAAACCAAACAAAACUGAUGUGGUGAUUAUUUGACUUUGACUUAUUCAUGCCACUGUCAGGAAAGAUGAGGUCUAGGAAAGUAGAGUCCUGGAGGGGAUAAGAGUGAAGACCCAAACUGGUCCUUUGCUAGCUGGGAAAUGGGCUGAGACACAUGCCCUCUCUGUGCCUCAGUUUCUCUGACUGAGAAUGAGAGGUGGACAAGCUGAGCCCUGAUUCCCUCCAAUCUUCCUCAAGAGUGGUUGAGCUGCCUGCCCUCUUCUUUCUAUACAAGGGCUCAGUGGCUUGGCGCUCCCAGGGGAGGCUCCUGCCCACAGAAGUCUGGCUGGGACUGUGGGGACCUGAAGCAUAAACACCUUCAGCCAAUUAUUGCCGUGAAGAAUGUGAACUCAGAGAAGCUCCAUCUAAUGUUUUCCCAUAGUUCCAGAUUUUGAUGGGGAAGGGGGUGCAGUCAUCCAGUCUAUAAAUGUUGGCUCCUAACGCAAAAAUUAAAAGCAAAACCAGAUCACUUACGGGGUGAGUGGAACACAGCAUGUCUGUAGGGCAGGCAAAUGGGCUGCUUUGUUUUGGGCGGCACUGGUCGGGGGAGAAAACUAGAUUCCAGAUCUUUCGCUCCUGGGUGGCCGCUGGACUGUCAAGUGGAUGGCUGUGCCUGAAUCAGUGAGCCGCAGCUCCAGCGAGCACAGGCCUCGGGACGGCGGAAGAACCACCCCCGCCAGCUGCCGUAUCGCCCUGGCAGAGCACGAUUCCCUGUGUCUCUCUUACAGAUGUGAGCAGAUCGCCAGACCAUCCUGUCUCAGCUGGUCGUUCAGCUAGUAGGUGGCAGUGUUUAGAAGUGCAACUUCCUUUAUAUCAACAUGAAUUCCUGAAAAGCUGUAUUUCAGUGGAUUAAAAAAAAUAAAAAUAAAAAUGUAUUUGGAAUGAGCCUAGGGGAAUUGGCUAUUGAAAAUCAUCCUAAGGUAAAGAUUUGUUUUUUUUUUAAUGAAGACACUUUUUAUAAAACAGCAAUCUCUGAUUUUAUAAAUCUUAAUUUUCCUACGGGUUUUCUGAAAGCGGAAUGUAAUUAUAGGGAUACAUUGUAAGGAUAACAUCAGCCACCUAUAACCCAGUUUGGGUUACUGAAAAUGAAAUUUCUGUACUAUCAAUUCACAAUUGCUGCAGUUUUCACUCUACAAGUAUGUACUGUAAAAUGAUUACAGGAAAACAAAUUUAUUUUAGAGCUGGGAAAACUAGAGUUUAAAGAUCAAGGAUUUCCCUUCCUCCCUAGUGUUGUUAAUUUUAUUAUAACUUCAGGUAAGGGUCUUAACCAACUGGUGCCUCAGCUUCUCCCACAGAGAAUAACUUCAGAGAUGCUGGCAUGGACGAAGGUCAAGGGCAUUUUGAAUUCUUUGCUAUCCUCUCAGGGCAAGGUGUACAGGGUGCCAUGAACCAU